AUGGGUUCAAGCACUAUAUUUAGUAAUGAAAAUAAUAACUACGACAAUAAUAAUAGGCCAACAUCGUUUGGACGAAAUAAAAUAGGGGAACAUGGAAAUAAUUUCAAUUUCAUCGCCACCACUACUAUAAAUAACGCCAAUAAUAAAAAUUUAAUCAAAAAGGUUAAAUUCUCUAACUUCAUCAAGAUCUCGGAUGUAGAUUCUAUUGAUGAUUAUGAUCGCUGUGGCCAACUUGGUCAAAAAGAAGAGAACUAUAAAAUCGAUGUGUGGUUCACGGAAGUAGGUGUGGCAUUGAAAAAUGUCAACCGAAAAGUUGAAAGAUUAAGAGAUAAUGUAGAGGAAUGUCGAAUUUUAGACUUAACUAAUGGUAAUUAA